AUGUUGGCUGGCCGCAGCUAUCUGUGGUGGCUGUGCGUGUGCGCGUGCGCGACGGUGCUGGACGCGAGGCGCCUGCACAACGACGCGAACGCCAGGCACAAACAUUCGGAAUUUGUCAAAGGAAAAAUUCCAACGAUUCAUUCGCUCCAACCGUCGGGCGAUAAUGCAAACCCGCCCGACGAGCUAGCGAGCACAAUAAGGAAUUGUAGUGAAAGGCUGAGCCAGCCGAAUGAAAUGUUAGUGGAUCAAAACUGGUUCCAAUGCUUCAGAAUUACUCAUGAUGUCAUUUUCUUUGCAGUAUGCAUCGGUACCAAUGGGCGGAUGUCGGUGCCUUCGAAUCGAGAUACUCACUACAGAAACCUACGCGAUCGAUUCACCAACUGCACCUACGUCGAUGGUAACUUAGAGUUGACGUGGCUCGAGAACGAAACCAUGGACCUUUCAUUCCUACAACACAUAAGAGAAGUGACUGGUUAUGUUCUCAUUUCGUACGUGAAAGUGGCUCAAAUAAUAUUACCAAAACUACAAAUUAUUCGUGGCAGAACACUUUUCAAACUUAAUGUAAGAGUUGAGGAAUUUUCUCUUUUGGUGACUAUGUCUUCGGCUCUUACACUGGAACUUCCUGCUCUUAGAGAUGUCCUUCGUGGCAGUGUGGGCAUCUACAAUAAUUACAACCUUUGUCAUGUUAAAACCAUUAAUUGGGAUGAGAUUAUUACUGGUGUUAAUGCAACAUACGUAUUUGUAUACACCUUUAAUGUACCAGAAAGAGAGUGUCCGCCGUGCCAUCCUAGUUGUGAGGCGGGUUGCUGGGGAGAAGGAAUACAUAACUGUCAGAAGUUCUCAAAAACAAACUGUAGUCCUCAAUGUGAAGACGGACGAUGUUUUGGCCCAAACCCCCGGGAUUGCUGCAAUACUUUCUGUGCUGGGGGAUGUAAAGGUCCUCUCCCUAGUCAAUGCCUUGCUUGCCGGAACUUUUAUGAUGAAGGAACAUGCUCCCAAGAAUGCCCACCAAUGCAAAAGUAUAACCCAACAACUUAUUCGUGGGAACCAAAUCCUAACGGAAAAUAUGCAUACGGUGCUACUUGUGUUCGAAAUUGCCCAGAACAUCUAUUAAAAGACAACGGAGCCUGCGUUAGGAGCUGUCCCCCUAAUAAGACAGCAGUGAAUGGUGAAUGUAUCCCUUGCAAUGUGACUUGCCCGAAAACUUGCCGAGCUGAAAAACCUAUCCACUCCGGAAACAUCGAUAGUUUUAAGGAUUGCACUAUUAUAGACGGAUCGAUAGAAAUUCUUGAAAUGACUUUUACUGGGUUUCAACACGUCAACGCUGAUUACUCUUUCGGAGAUAGAUAUCCGAAAAUGGAACCUGAUGCGUUGGAAGUAUUUAGCACUGUACGUGAAGUUACCGGUUACUUAAAUGUUCAAGCUCAUCAUCCAAACUUCACAAGUCUCUCUUACUUUAGAAAUCUAGAAGUUAUAGGAGGGCGUCAAGUUGUAGAAAACUUAUUUGCAUCUCUUUACAUCGUAAAGACCUCUUUAAAAUCUCUGGGACUUAAAUCUCUCAAAAGAGUGAACUCCGGUGCUAUAGCAAUCAUGGAAAAUCGGCAACUCUGUUUCGCUGAUAAAAUAGCAUGGAAUAAACUGGGCAAAUCAAAAGAUCAUAAGCAAAUAAUUCAGAAAAAUGGGGACCUAAGAAAUUGUGAAAAAUUGAAUUUGGUGUGUGAUCCUCAAUGCUCAGCGGAUGGCUGCUGGGGUCCUGGACCGGAUCAAUGUUUAUCAUGUGAAAAUUAUAAAUUUGGAGAAACUUGUGUUCAAAAUUGCUCCGUACAUCCUGGACUUUACAAAGGUGGACCAAAAGUUUGCAGACAAUGUCAUGCUGAGUGUUUAGACGGAUGCUCUGGUCCUACGAGAGCAAAUUGCACUAAGUGCAAACAUGUACGAGACGGGCCCUACUGCGUCGCGGAAUGUCCAGAGUCUAGAUAUACAACAGGAAACGGCACCUGCUUGCCAUGCCAUCAAAAUUGUUUUAAUGGAUGCACUGGUCCUGAAAAUAUUGUUGGCGAAGGAGGAUGUAAUUCCUGUAAGAAGGCUAUAAUUAGUGUUGAAGCGACUGUUGCUAGCUGUCUAAAAGAAGAUGAACCUUGCCCUGAAGGGUAUUACAACGAAUGGGUUGGCAAUGUCAAACCUCUUGAAGGAAAAGUAAAAGUUGUUUGUCGUAAAUGUCAUCCAUUAUGUUAUAGAUGUACUGGUUAUGGCAUACACGAGCAGGUAUGUCAAGUAUGCAAUGGAUUUAAGAGAGGUGACCAAUGUGAACAUGAAUGUCCACCAGAUCAUUAUACAGAUAAAGCCAACCGUCUGUGCACACCAUGUGAUCCAGAAUGUCGAGAAUGUACAGGGCUAACAGCAAAGGACUGUAUAAAAUGUAAUAAUCUUAAAGUAUUUCUCGGAGAUGAUAAUUCUAGCCCAUUUAGCUGCACUGAUAAAUGCCCAAGCGAUAAACCACACAAAAUAUAUUUUGACGAACUUCUUCAAAACCCGAUAGAUGAACCCUACUGUUCAGCUUCGUCAAAUGGUCUUCCUAAUAUGGCUACUGCAAAAAUCCCCACAGUCCUAGUUAUAAUAUUUAUAAUAGCUUUUAUCUUCCUCAUCAUCCUUGCGAUAAUUGGUUAUACAUGCAGACAAAAAGCAAAAGCAAAGAAAGAGGCCGUAAAAAUGACUAGGGUACUUACUGGAUGUGAGGACAACGAACCACUCAGACCGACUAACGUCAAGCCAAAUCUUGCAAAAUUACGAAUUGUAAAGGAAGCAGAGUUACGUAGAGGAGGAAUGCUUGGUUUUGGUGCUUUUGGUAAAGUUUACAAAGGCGUUUGGGUACCAGAAGGGGAAAAUGUAAAAAUUCCAGUAGCCAUAAAGGUUUUGAAAGAAGGAACAGGAGCUAACACAAGUAAAGAAUUUUUAGAAGAAGCUUAUAUUAUGGCAAGCGUGGAACAUCCCAAUUUAUUACAAUUGCUGGCAGUAUGCAUGACCAAUCAAAUGAUGCUUAUCACUCAAUUGAUGCCUCUUGGCUGUUUACUUGACUAUGUCAGAACUCAUAAAGAAAAAAUUGGAUCAAAAGCUUUUCUGAAUUGGUGUACACAAAUUGCUCGUGGUAUGGCAUAUUUAGAAGAAAAAAGACUGGUUCAUAGAGAUUUGGCUGCUAGAAAUGUUCUAGUGCAAACCCCCAAUUGUGUUAAAAUUACCGAUUUUGGACUUGCUAAACUACUUGAUAUUAAUGAAGAUGAAUAUAAAGCAGCAGGCGGAAAAAUGCCCAUAAAAUGGUUGGCCCUAGAGUGCGUUCAACACAGAAUAUUCACUCACAAAAGCGAUGUUUGGGCUUUUGGUGUUACUAUAUGGGAAAUUCUCAGCUACGGAGCAAGACCAUAUGCAAAUAUUUCAGCUAGAAAUGUUCCUCAAUUAAUUGAAAAUGGUUUAAAAUUACCUCAACCAAGUAUUUGUACAUUGGAUAUCUAUUGCAUUAUGGUCUCGUGCUGGAUGUUGGACGUCGACAGCAGACCAACGUUCAAGCAGCUAGCUGAAACUUUCGCUGAAAUGGCUCUUGAUCCUGGACGUUACCUUGUAAUACCUGGAGACAAAUUUAUGCGACUGCCAUCCUAUUCACAUCAGGAUGAAAAGGAACUGAUAAGGACUCUCUCUUCGGGAAUGGAUGGACCUGAACCUUUAGUAGAAGCGGAUGAGUAUUUACAACCACAACUAAAGCCUUCAGUGCCUGGUACGGCGACAACCAAUUCUACUGCUACCGUAACACUUGAAACAAAUAGACACACUACAAAGCCCUGUACUUCCUCCUCCUGGACUAAUAACGCACCUGGACAAGAAAAUGUUACUACAGAGAAUUCCAACAGGCAAGAAUGGGAUCAAGAUGCGUUGCAUUAUAAUAAUUCUUCAAAUGCAGAUGGAACAGAACUACGACACUAUUAUAAUAAUGGUGUUUGUGGGUCUGAAAAUACCAGUUCCCGUUAUUGCAGUGACCCAAUGAGAAGUCGACCUGACUGUGCCGAGACGAAAUUCGACAGUAUGAGUAAAGUCAGAGAAGCACACGUAGGAAAUCUGAAACUAAACUUGCCUCUUGAUGAAGACGAUUACUUAAUGCCAUCCCCUCAACAAAAUCAAACAACUUCUACGUAUAUGGAUUUAAUAGCUGAGGGAGCAGAAGGACAAGAAAACCAGGAUUUACGUUACAGCGGUUUCCUUGCAUCUAAGCGAUGCAUUGAUAAUCCAGAGUACUUGAUGUCGGACCAGAACGUUCCCCAGCAAACCCUGGGAAUACCCACAGAGCCAGUGGCGCCGGAGUCACUCCCAAGUGAAACCAGUGAGAGUGUCAAUACGCCACAGCCAGGUCCUAGCCGGUAUGCACCGCAGCGGUCUGUAGAAGAAGAGUCCAUGUCGGACCACGAAUACUACAAUGACCUUCAACGCGAGCUGCAGCCGCUACGCCGCAACGAAACAACCGUCUGA